AUGACUGGCAAGAAGCCUCAUGCCGCCUUCUGUGAGGAGUACGAUGAAGACAAACACGUUAUUCGUCCCGAAACUCGUCAAGUUGCUCAUAUCGCUACAAAACGCUCCAAGGCUGAUCUGAGACCUUCUCCAGUCCCCGUGGUGGAUGGUGCCAGUGAUUCAGGGUACUCUAGUCGCACUGCCGCCACCGUCAACAGCGCCCAAUCUGGCCCGUCGGGCCGGAAAAGUCCUGUCCCUCUUAAACCAGACUCCACGCCCAAGCGAGCCGACCUCGAAAAAAUUGGCUCUUCUCGCAACGAUCGUGCAAAGGAAAAACCUGCGACUACUCGCCCUGUGCGUGACGACAAGAUGCAGGUCGGAGCCUAUCCCAGUUCCGGCCACUACGCUGCUCCCGUCCAGCGCUCUCAGUCGAGACCCCGACGCCGAGACAGUGUUCAAGUGCGUCACGUCCCUGGAACUUGUUGGGAAUGCGAUCACGGCCUCUACCAUCCACCGGCUCCGGUCGAACCACCACGACGGAUGGAACAACAUCCUUACUAUGCCACACAACCACCGCCCGGCCAUGACUAUCCACACCCACCACCCGGCCACGACUAUCCACACCCCCCGCCGUCACCGCAGACACGAUAUCCUCCAUCCGUCAUCCAGGAUGUUCACAUCUCUCGUCCGUCGGCCCGAUCGACUCGCUCCAACUCAUACCAUUCGAACGCCCGUCCGUCGAGUUUCCAUGGGCUAGUCACGAACAUGGGUGCCAUGGGAUAUCCGCCCCCGCCCAUGGGUCGCUACGACCACGGCCCGCCGCUUUCCUCAUCCGCGUAUGCCAAUAGUCCCGCGUACGCUGCCCCGCAUUAUCCUCAAGCUGUGCCGUACUAUGGGGCCCCGGAGUACGCCGCCCUCCACCCAGCUGAACAUCACCAGGAACGGGCAGUUGUGAAGACAGCGGAAAAGCCAGCUCGCCCAAGACGCCCUUCGAUGUAUGGUCCACCUGUGGUUGACCAUGUACCGCCCACUCCACCUUAUGAUCAGAGCGACGAAGAUGAAGAUGACGACGACGACGACGAUGAUGAUGAUGAUGACGAGGAGGACGAAGAGGAGGAAGAAGACUCCGACGAUGAUAUUCUACUCCCACCACCACCACCUCCUAACGUCCGUCAAGCGCGACCACGGCCCUCUGCUCGCGAUGAAGAUUGGAACCGCAUGCCGCCUCCACCAACCAAGCGCAAUGCUGCGAUACCGCCGCCUCCAAUGAAACAGACUGCCAAACCGCAAAUUAUUCAGAAACGCCCCGAUCCACCUCGCAAGUCGGCAACGACCAAUUCGGUCACCUCGGAGCGCCGUUCAUCCCGAACCUUUGACUUGUCGGAGAUGGACGUUGCCCUGAGCGACGGUUAUCGACGUUCAUCGCGUGAGACCAUCAUUCCCGAGCGAAGCCAGAGCCUCCGAGGUAGCAGACGCUCCACAACCUACCAUGAGUCCGCUCGUCCUUCGCGGAUGGCUAUCGAAGGGGCGCGUCGCCAACGGACGUCGGUCUAUGACUUUGAUGGUGGCAAUAUCGAGACCAAGCAACGGGAGGCGGAAGAGUAUCAAGAAUCGAGAACAAGCAAAGCAGUGGCGCCCGUGCCACUGACCGCGGACGCCUUGCGCAAAGCCAAGUCCUCGCGUGCGGAAAGUGAUAGCGGCAGUCAGAAGAGUCGCAGCAGCCGCGGCAGUGAUGCUCGCACUCAAACCGGGAGUGGUGGCGGCGAUUCGAAGCCGGAGGAAGACGACAAUAUCGUCAUGACCAUGAACGGAAUUACGAUGAGCUUCCCGCAGAAGUCCAUGGGAGGCAAGCGGAUCAGCCUUCGGACCGGCGACACGGGAGAGGUCGAACUCAACAUCGAGGGAAAGCGACCGAAGAAAUAUCUAACGAGCGGCUCCGAUUAUAUGGGCAGUGUCUCGCGACGAGAACUAGAAGAACCACGACGUCCCCGAAGCGAUCGACGGUCCGAGAAGGGCAGUCGUGCUAGCCAGUCGACGUACGGACGAUAUUAG